AUGAGAUGCCCCAGGACCCUGUUUCGUAUCAAGUGGCAAGACAGAGUCCCAGACACUGAGGUACUACAGCAGGCCAAGAUGAAGAGCAUAAUAGACGGAUCAGAGAUUCCGAGGGCGGAGUUUAACAUGACGCGCGUGUUGCCCCCGCCCUCCGUGCCCUUCUACAGGUACCGAGGCUCGCUGACCACGCCCCCUUGCACGCGCAACGUCAUCUGGUCCGUGUUCGCCACACCACAGGUCAUUUCCAGGUCACAGCUGAACGAAUUCCGGCAAAUCUCCCUGAACAAAAAACUGAGCCCAGGAAAUGGCGGAAACAUCCGUCCCUUGCAGCCUAUCAACCGCAGACAGAUCAUCACAAACAACGUCUUCUACGUCUGACCUUGAUCUCUCACGUGACUCAAAGGUCAACCGCCGUGGCAGCAUCCAUCUACUUUUACUUUCACAAGACUGGAAGGGGUUGGGAAAAGGGGGAUUUUCUUUUCUUCUUUUUUUUUCUUUUUUGACGGGCACUACAAGCAAAACUCGCAUAAAGUAAUAAUUAAUGAAGAGUUUCAGAGAAACGUUCUUCUCGUAGUGUAGUCCUAUGAGAACAAUGUAGUCAUCAGUUCGUUUAGAGGAGAUUUUUCAGUGAGUAUCUCAGUCUUUCUGCUGGGACUGUGCAUACUUUUCCUUCUUGCUUGACCCAGACAGAGUUGAAACCGGCCUCCCAUCUAAUCUAAAACUGUGUCGAUGUGGUUGUAAACUACGGCUACAUUUUUAGGUCAAGAAAUACAGAUACAGGUCCAGAAGAGGUCUGCAAGGCUGGGUGGUCAUCUGCCAGUACUGGUCUGAACACUGAGGUUAUGCCCUGCCAUAAUGAUGUCAUUCAAAAAAAGUGUUAGAUUGGAAUCCACUGUGUAAAAAUUAAAGAGGAGACGUCAUGGAACCUGGAGAAGAGUCUCAGAAAUAGACGAACAGAAAAGUGGGUAGACAUGGAAUAACAUCAAGCGGCUAGCCCAGGAUAGAGAAAGGUGGAAAGUGUUUGUUCAUGGCCUAUAUCCUGAC